AUGCCCCCUAGCCCUUCUAAAUUUCCGCCUUUGUCUCCAACAACCCCGAAGCGCAGGGCUCUCCACGCACGAUCGAAUUCUCAAACAAAUGAACAAAUCUUCCCUCCGACGGUGCGACUCAUACAGGAUCAGGAUUUGCAGAGUGAAACCGAAAUAUACUCCGCGACACCCUAUCCGACAAAGCCCCAACAUGUCUUGUUGCCGCCAGCGAAUCAAAGGCAGGGAUCAGCUUUCGAUGCAGGGUAUAGCGUUUCACAUUCAACCCCUAAUUCGAUCUCCCGUUCCAGUUCGAGUGUCAGCCACGACCAGAGCCUACCAAGUCCAGAUGAAAGAGACGUCUCCGGACAAGUCUCUUCCAUCCACGGAACACACUCGUCCAGCCAAACAUGGGAUGAUUCUUUGAACUCAAGCAAGACGUCCAUCCCCCCGUCAGAGCCAGGGACUCCCCGGGCUUUGCGCCGUGGAGGCCGGGAAGAAGAUGACAAUUCAUCGAAAAGUGAUGGCAUCCCGCUUCCCUCCACAAUCAUAUGCGUGCCGCAGGACAACCCUUCGUCUCCUCCAACCAAUUCUCCCAUCGAAUCAACUUACUCUGACUCUGUUCGCGGCGAUGACAGAUCAAGUCCCAACCUUAUUCCCAUCGGCCUGACCUCCAGCCCAAACGUUGUACCUAUCAAUCCUUCGUCACCGAAUCUGGUCCCUCUUGGAAGGUCGUCUCCAACGUUGGCACCUGAGCCACUUACUGAUUCCUCGCUCUACGAAGCCAACUCAGUUGGAACUGCAAGACGGUACAUCCGCGCCGGUCGGCGGGACAGCAGUCAGCGGAAUAGCACCUUAACAGUCGAUGGUUCUCUUUCUGAUCCGCAAAGCUCUACUCCGUCCCAUUCCAUUCCCUCGAGUCCUCCAAUUGCGCCACUAAGAUCCUACCAGUCAACCUCCUCGUUUGGUGGCCUUCCCUCCACGACGCCAUAUAGAAUCCAACCAUCGACCUCAUCCGCAUCUUCCAGAAGUAGUCGAUCCGGUCCAGAUGGUCAUUCACCCACGGGAAGUAGCACUCCCAUCCAAUACCCCACCAUUCGUUAUCCAUCAUCGAGUUCGCGGGCCGAACAGUCGAUAUCGCGGUCUUACGUGCGGUCCAUGACGGAGCGUUUUUCUGGACGUUGGAACCCGCAUCUGUCCACUGUUCCGUCGGAAUGGUCUGCUGAGAGGUCUCAAAGCCUUGCGACCCCCUCACCCCGCGACCAUCCGCCCGAGGAGAGUUGGCGGAGACGUCUGGAGGAUGCUAGAAUUCGCGAUCCCUCAAGUCCGCCGACGUGGCAAACGGACCAAUCCGAAAUCCAGGAACAAGGCGACUACCUAACUCAUUUGCGGUCCCCUGCUCUCCGACACCAGGCCUCUGGAACCUUAAGUCACAAAUCUUCUCUCUCGGCUUUGAACAAUUCUAGAAAUCUCCUUCGUUCGCCAAGUGGCAGCUCCCUCCUUCAUGUGAUCCCUGCUUGGGCCCGAGUAUACUAUAGCACGGGAGCGCAAUUCGCGUCGCUAUUCUCCCCAGACAGCCGCCCCUCAACACCCGCGUCUCCACCCAUGACCGCCGUUUCCAUGUUCGCCACAUAUAACGACGCACGAAUGGUAAGCCGGACACCCUUAGGGAUUACCAACCCCAGAAUACGUCCCCGCGGGAUCGAAGCUUCUCCCGAACUUGUUGAACUUGAUGAACCCGACGAGAUUGAAGAACCUCCCCCGGUCGCAGUCACUGCCAAUCCCGACCCCAUUGAUCCGAGGAGCCACUGGGUCCCUGAUCCCGAGGUGGACCGCGUUAUCACUGAAAUAUCAGUGGAGAACCUGCCGGGUGCAUGGUCUCCGCAUUUGCAUAUGGAUAAACGAGCGCGCCCGACACUAAGGAGUAAAUGGAGGCCACCAUCGUUAGAUGAGGCGGCGGAGGGGCUUUUCGGCCUGCGGAAUGCGCAGGUUUAUGCGUUCGUGUUCGGUUUCGUAUUUCCCCUUGCUUGGAUAAUCGCCGCCUUCCUUCCUCUUCCCCCUCAGGUUUCCCACAUCAACGAGGAGGCGACCACAAGUCGUCCGGAUCUGGAACAUGCGUUUAACAGCCGUGUGGUCCUGGUUGACGAAGUUCGCCACGCAAAUGCCAGGUGGUGGCGGAACGUCAAUCGUUUCAUGUCUCCGCUUGGAUUGGCCAUUAUUGUUAUUGUGGUGCGUGUUACUUCUUAA